ACGUUUUGACUGCAAGAUUGUGCGAAACUAUUGGCGAAAAUCCUUGAAAACCGCAAAUCAUAACUCAAAUCAUAACUCAAAUCAUUAGACGAUUGCAAUAGUGUUCAGUGAAUUGGUUACGAAAACAUUUAUAUUUAUUGAUAACUCAUUGACGCGUGAAAUGAGUGACUCGGAUACAAAUGGUCGCACAUUUAAGCUGGUGUUCAUCGGGGACUCGGGUGUAGGGAAGACUAGUCUGGUUGAGCGCACAGUACGUAACAGUUUCAACGAGAGCACCGACUUAACAAUUGGGGCCGCUUUUCAUAAGUACGUACUGCGAACCGACAGCAACAGCACCGUUACCUUUAAUAUAUGGGAUACGGCGGGACAGGAACGGUACCGAUCGCUGGGACCCAUAUAUUAUCGCGGGUCCGACGCGGCUAUACUUGUCUACGAUAUCACGAAUACUAAUAGUUUUGAAAACAUCGAGUUUUGGAUAUAUAGCCUGAAAAGUGUUUUGGGCCAGGACAUUGUCAUGGCUUUAGUCGGAAAUAAGUCGGAUUUAGAGCACCGGCGGUCUGUGGACUACAAAGAGGCCAAACGGUUUGCCAACAAAAAUGAUCUCAUUUUCAUGGAAACCUCCGCUAAGACGGCCCUCAAUAUCGAUCAAAUGCUUAAGAAGUUAUCCCAAGAGUUAAUUAAACGUAAGAAAUGCGGUGAUAAUAGCGGUCACCAUCAAAAUGGUACUCAACUUAAGCUCGACAAACAUAGUAAGCCUUAUAUUAAGAGAAAAUGCUGCUAAUCAGUGAUAAUAAAAGUGCCUUGGACCAAACUUUUGCACAUGUAUUAUUUAAUGUCAAUUAAUACCUUGCACUCUCAUACUGUAGUCACUAAUUAGAUAAUAACUGUA